AAUUUCUUUGCCCUAAGUCCAUAAUGCCCCCUCGAUUCCUAUGUCCUCUUUCUCCGUCGUUGCUCUGAUCUGAAAUAUCACUACCGGACCACCCCUCAUCUCUCUCCUCCCUCUACAAAUUCCCCCAAUUCUAACCUAACUUUCAAAACCCUAAGUUUCGAUUCACUCAAACGAUUGCAAUUGCAGAAGCAGAGCUGCCAAAUACCAUUGACCAAUUUGGUUAUCUUUUAGUUGAGAUACAUGUGUGACGAAGGUAUAUACAAUGGCAAAGGGCAAGCUUAUUUUAAUCUGCCAAUCUGGUGGUGAGUUUGUGACAAAUGAUGAUGGAACCAUGUCAUAUAAUGGAGGAGAAGCAAAUGCAGCAAAUGUCACUUCUGAGACUCCAUUCAGUGAUUUAAAAUUACAUUUGGCUGAAACCUGCAACAUAGACCAGGAAACAGCGACUGUCAAGUAUUUCCUGCCAGGAAACAAGCGGAACCUGAUUACUGUGAAGAACGAUAAGGAUGUAAAAAGAAUGAUUGAUUUUCAUGGGGAUGCAAUAACGGCGGAAGUCUUUGUUACAGGAACACCAGGUUUUAACAGGGAAAACCAUACCAAGAAUGAUGAGACUGAAAACGAUGAUAACAUGAGUACCAAGAAACAUGAGUCAGUAAAAAGAGGUAAAGCAGGUACCAAGAAAGAUAAGCAGGUGAAGAAAGAUUAUGCAUCCCCGGUUAAGAGGACACGCCGUGCUCUUGCUGCUGCUGCUGUUGCUGCUGCUGCUAGCGCUGAAGCAUCUUCUGAUGAAAAGGCAGAGGGAAACACCAAUGCUUUGGUGUCGGAUGAUGCGAAGUCAGAGAGCUCUACCACAGAUACUUCCACGAGUUCUGAUUCUGAGCGUGCCAACGCGAAUGUAGAUUCUGAAAGCAGUUCCGACUAUGUACCUAGUAGGUAUCCGAAGCGGAAGAAAGACAGUGUUAAGAAGCGAAGGCGGACCCCAUCUUGGAAAUUUGGUGCGAAUGGUCGUCCCACCAUAGUUUCUGAUGAUUCCGUGGGAUCCAAAUCUCGGGGGAAGAGGCGGAAAACUAUUGAUGGGAGUUCUGGAGGUAGAAAAUCGCAGAGAAAGAGUGGCAGGUUAGCUGCUAAAGGAGAUGGUUCUAGGGAGACAAAAUUAGGGAGAAAGAAAAGAGGCAAACGAGCUAUUAUGCCAGUAGCUGAUAGCAGUGAUGAAGAAUACGAUGAUCAUGGGGAACCCUCUGCUCUUGCUAUGUGUGAUGAUGAUGUCACGCCUGAAACUUUGGUUGCUGUGUGGAAGUCGGCUAUUACUGGUGUCGGUCAGGAAUUCACAAGCUUCUAUGCAUUUCGAGAAGCGUUGCAGAAAUACGCUAUGGCAAAUGCCUUUGCGUACAAGUUCACGAAGAAUGAUACAAGUCGUGCCAUUGGUGAAUGCGCUACUGAAGGGUGUUCUUGGAAGUUUUCCACUGUGUGGGUCCCAACUACGCAAUCUUUUAAGAUAAAGACCCUGAAUGAUGUACAUACAUGUGACGAAGAAUCAAGGAAAUCUGCUUACCCAACCAAGAACUGGUUGAUUGAUACCAUAAAGGAGAAGCUGCAAAAGUCACCACAUCUGAAGCCGAAGGCAAUUGCUAAUCGAAUUCUAAGGGACUCUGGGUUUGAGUUGAAUCGCACACCAAUACGGCGUGGAAGUGGGAUUCGCAGAAAACAACUUCAUGGAUCAGAUAAAGAUGCAUAUAAUAAGUUGCCCUGGUUCUGUGAGAAGAUCAUCGAAACAAAUCCAGGUAGCAUCUCUAAACUUGUUGUUGGUGAAAACAAAAGAUUUAAGGCGCUAUUCGUGUCUUUCUAUGCAUCAUUAUGUGGAUUCCAGAAUAGUUGCCGUCCCCUUCUUUUCCUUGAAGCUACUUCGCUGAGGUCCAAAUAUGGAGAAGUUCUAUUGACAGCUAAUGCCAUUGAUGGAAACGAUGGUUUCUUCCCAGUUGCAUUUGCUAUAGUAGACGUUGAGGAUGAUAACAAUUGGCGUUGGUUCUUGGAACAGUUAAAAGCUGCAAUCUUGAAUUCACAACCUAUCACUUUCGUCUUUGAUAGAGAAAAGAACUUGAAGAUGUCUGUGCUCGAAGUUUUUGGAGAUGCUCAUGUUGGUUACUCCAUUUACCAUCUCUUGCAGAGCUUCAAGAGAAAUGUGCGGGGUCCAUUCAAUGGUGACGGUAAGGGUUUCUUGCUGGUUCAUUUCUUGGCCGCUGCUCAUGCAGUCCGGCUUGUUGGUUUCAGAAAGGCAACAGAGCAGAUUAAGCAAAUAUCGUCACAGGCUUAUGAUUGGGUCAUGCAGAUUGAAGCUCAACACUGGACGACUUCAUCCUUUAAGGGGGAGCGUUAUAACCACAUCACAGAUGAUAUUGGCCGAUCACUUGCCAAGUUGCUGGAUGACUAUCGGGAGUUACCCAUAUUACACAAGAUAGAAGCGCUAAUAUGUACAAUGAUUGAUGCCAUAAAUGAUGCUAAAUUGGAUGCAAGUAUGUGGUCUACCCAUCUUACUCCAUCAAAGGAGAAAAAACUGCAAGAUGAAACAGUCAAAUCGUGUGGUUUGAAAGUGUUGAUCUCUUCUGAUAUUCUGUUUGAGGUUCGUGAGGAUUCGACCCAUGUUGUGAAUCUUAGUAAUUGGAGUUGUACUUGCUUCGGGUGGAAAGAAACUGGUCUACCAUGCCGCCAUGCUCUUGCUGUUUUUACAUUGACCGGUAAAAGUCCAUACGAUUUCUGCUCAGGCUACUUCACUGUUGCUGCCUAUGCUCUAACCUAUACAGAAUCCAUAACUCCAGUACCCAUUGAAGAGGAAAAAGGUGAAAAGAUCAAGGAUUUGGAAGAAAAAGGGGAAAAGAUCGAGGAUUUGGAAGAAAAGGGGGAAAAGAUCGAGGGUUUGGAAGAAAAGGGGGAAAAGGUCGAGGGUUUGGAAGAAAAGUCGGAAAAGGUCGAGGGUUUGGAAGAAAAUGGGGAAAAGGUCGAGGGUUUGGAAGAAAAUGGGGAAAAGGUCGAGGGUUUGGAAGAAAAUGGGGAAAAGGUCGAGGGUUUGGAAGAAAAGGGGGAAACGGUCGAAGGUUUGGACGAAAAGGGGGAAAAUAUUGGUGAUUUGGAAGAAAAGGGGAAAAAGAUCGAGGAUUUGGAAGAAAAGGGUGAAAAGAUUAAUGAUUCAGGAGAAAAUGGGGAAAAGAUGGAGAUAAAGUAUGCAGAAAGCGAAAAGGAAGAAGCAGGGGGGAAAGAGGACCAUAACGACAAGACUGAGAAACACGAGUUGGAAGGGGAAGAAGAUGAGCAUUCAAAUGUGGCAGAGAAAGAAAAGAGCGAAAUAGCAGAAGAAAAGAGCGAAAAGAUAGAGAUGGAGAAUGCGGGGGGUGAUAAUGAAGAAACUGAGAAAGCAGAGGACCAAAAGGAGGAGAUUGAGAAAGAUGAGGAUGAUCCAGAUGUGUUUGUUCUUCCUCCAAUACCUACAAAACCAGCUGAUUCAGGGAAGGAGAAGAUGGAAUGGGAUGAAAUAGAGGGAGAAACAAAGAGAACAGUAACCUGCACAAAAUGUAAGCAACAGGGGCAUAACAAGAAAUCUUGCAACUUCUACCAAAUGCAGCAAGCUUUUUGA